AUGACGGGUCUCGCCGUCGCUGGCGCAGCCGCCUAUCUGGCAGCUGUGACAACGACGGCAGUGUCGACCCAUCUACCAUUAUCACGUCGCUCAGCUGGCGAUCCUCUGGCAAACAUAGCAAGCGCGCGCGACACGGAUGUCACGGCGGCAUGCCUUGAGAGGGCUGGUUCCGACGCUAUCCUAGUAGCCAGUUGGGCGGGAUGUCCGACGAUGAAGGUCACAAAGGACCCGACGAAACAACUGAAAUGGUCAUCAACGUCACCAAAGGCAAGCGAAACCACUUAG